CGAUAAUGAUUACGAAAUGAUUCAUCAACGGCUCCAUAAUUCGACAUACUUUCAGUAUGACCUUGAAUAAAUGUACCUGCCCUAAUAUUUCCGCAGUUCCGUCAAGUGCUGCCAUCGGAUUCCCCUAUCACGAUCCAGCACGUGAUAAUUUCCACUUAUACUCACGCAAUUCGCACUAUAUACAUUACCGCGCAAUCUACGUACAGUCGCGAUAAAUUGCAUUAGUGGAAUACGUGCAGAGGGCUAUUGCACUUGUUAUCAAACAAUUCAGUAUUCGUCUCGCGCUUCUGUUUACAUCAGAGACAGUCGUUUAUGUUCGGAUAGACAGAUUAAAUAUACAAUAUCUCAAUUAAACAGUCAGAAAAGUUUAAUAUAAAAUAAGUGCUUCGUAAAAAAUCAUGGGAUCAAUAAUUAAAAAUCGCCGUUUCAGCUAUUUUCUCGGAAUUCAUUGGAUUAAUUUCCAUUGUUGAAUUAUUUAUCGAAUUUCUGAUGGUGAUUAACGAUUAUCAAAUCAACAUUACGUGCACUUGAAACAUUGUACAUCCUGGCGUAAUAAGUUGCUAGGGUGACGAUUAGUUCGCGUUAUCUAACGAUUUUUUUGGAGUUCUUUGGUGAUAACAAGGUGAUACAUGUAUACAGGAAUAAAAGUCUUAUCGGCGGAAUCUUUUGAAUUGAUUCAUAAUAGAAUGAUCCGAGUAUGCAGGUGAUUAUUUGAAAAGGGAAAAGAGUGAAUAGUAGUUAUGGCUGAGCACUGGGAGUUGGAGUACGAGAGGUGGAAUUCAGUGAGUCCGCCUUCCUCAGACGAUCCACUACACGAGAUGAGUGAUUUUUAUGGGCAGACGCCGCCCAGGACGAGACAGAGCAGAAGGCAACGGGAGAGGAAACAGAGGAUCUCCUGGGGCGAGACAAAAUCUUCACCAGUGUCGAGGGACAUUCGCACUAAGCCCAGUAUUUGUCGUCGCGACACCCUGGACACAAUAAUUUUUAAUAAAAUGUGCGAGGACGCCGAUGAAGCUCGCGAUAAAGAAGAGGCAGCUAAAGAGGGAAGUAGAAAAUCCAAGCGGAGUUUGAAACUGGCUCGAGGAAAUGAGAGAGAUCUGAAACUUGAUGUUGAGGCUGCAGCACACUAUGCUGAACGCUCUGAGCGUCGAUCAGCACCAGUGCCAUGCAACAUGAAGGUCUGGCGUCGUGUGAUAGAGACCAGGAAUAGAUUUCGCUGUUUGCGAUCUAAACCGGUGGAUGUUGAUCACAAGAGGAGGGAGCAUGUCCCACUUGCUACACCCGUACCAGUAACACCAGUUGAUAAUGUUGAGGAGACCAAACCAAAGAAUUUGAAGGAGCGAGAAGUAUUUCACGAUACCUUCGCCUUUUUAAUACGCCUGGGAAGCACGGACAGGGAGAAAAAUUGCAGGAGACAGAUGAGUAGUGAGGAGUCAAGAUGGCAGAACGAGCUGAAGGACUUGAUCUGGCUGGAACUCCAGGCAUAUCACGCAGACAGGAGUCUCGUGGGUCAGGAUGAGUAUCUCUGUAAGCAGAGGGAGGCCAUAGGACCCCUGUUAACUGAAAUAAUGGAAUACAGAUACAGCCCAGCUCCAUAUUCAAAUCCCUCUUCAGCAGCAUCGAGUUCGAAUGACAGUGGCUUCGAAGGAUCAACCCCUAUGAUUGUGGAGCCCACGUGUAUGGGGUGUUUGUGCAUGCGCUGCAGGCCCUGCUCCAGAGCUCAGCUCACCGCCCUCAAACAAGUCGAGAGUCUACUUUGUCGGCUAGAGGCAGCCGAGGCUCUUUACCCAUCGUGUCAGGCCUUCGCCACCAAUUACCCGAUGUACAAGAGUCCAGAGUUUACCGGCCGAGUGAAGGCUAUGUGCCUGUGGUAUAAUAUGACUCGACAUCAUCGGUUGAAACUCCAGAUAUUAGGAAAAUUACUGAUGCUACUGGAUAGCCCAAAAAAUUUAAAUUACGAAGUUGACUCUGGCAAUAGCUCCAGAUCGUCAGAAACCACGGACUUCCUUGACCCGAAACCCACCGUUGUCCGUUUCGAAUUGUCCUCCGCCGAGGACAGUGCCAACAGCACGCCAUCAGACAGCACCAACAGCAACUCCUCCACCGGAGGAAUCUCCCUCCUGCAGUCCUGGCCAUCAACUCCCGAGUCAGCGACUCUCUGUGGCCUUGAUGACCAUCGACUUGAUUGCCUCGACCACUACCUCAUGGAAUUUGACCGGCAAGCCUACCGGAAAUACAUCGAGGAGGUCCUGAAAACCCGUGGUCUCAGCAAGAGUCUCAAUUUUCUCGAACGCCUUCACACCUCAGUCCUCAGGAAAGCCAGUCUUGCCAUGAAGAAAUGGACCACCGAGGAGGAGCUUUCAACGAGCGAGGAGUACGAAGGUGACAUCGAGCUCAAACGUUAUGGGGUCUGGAGCCCGGAAGCCAAAGCCCUGAAUCUCCCCUCGUACAGAUCUGCGUUUAUAUUUUUAUCUCGAGUACCUCUGGACAUUGUCCAUGAGUUCCUGAGGAUGAGGCUCGAGCAGAAACCUGAGCAACCCGGACCCCUGUCAGUGCGACAACUCAUGAGGGAGAUGCGAGAGGGACUGAAGAUUGCCUGCAUUCAUCGGGACAGAUUUGUGGAACACUCCAAGACAGUUCAUGCCUUCGAUGACUGCAUUCCAGGGAAACCGGUGGACUCACCUCCACAAUCACCCCUCGUCGAAUUUGACGAUGUCAAGGACUUUGAUGACAGCCUCCAGUCGGUCUUCGAGGUCUAUCUCGACUAUCUGCGACAGUGGGUGGAGAUGGUCCAGUACAACAGCUUUCACAAGAGCCUCAUCGAUGACGAGUGGAGCUUCGUCAAGUCCAUAGCUGGGGGCAUUCAGCACGGCUAUAAAAUCGGAGGAAUAAAGUUCUGUGGGAUCACUUGUACGAUGAUUGAGCAGAUACAGGAGUUCCUAGUGACGAGGCCUCAGGAGAUCAAGGAGUGUACCGAUGCCCUCGAGGGAGAUGAAUCUAUCAUUAAACUCCAACUGAUGUCCGCGGGGCGGGAGUGGCAAGGAAUGUUCGUCGAGGCGAGAGAAAAAAUCACCAAGUGCCUCACUUUUGCCAAAUUCCUGAAGAAAGACAUCAGUCAGUGGCCUGAUGUGUCAGGAGGUCUCAGCAUAGCAGUCUGUCAGAUGAAGAGUGUUAUUCUAAGUCUCAGGGACAGGCUGAUUAUUCUUAUAGAAAAUUUCCAGGCGAAGAUUGACGAGGCCGAGGAGCCCAAGUCUGAGAACGAUCAGUUGGCCAUGAAGACUCGAGUUCGAGAGAUUUUACAUCAGGCUUAUAGGAUGGGGUUCGAUUAUCAUAAGGAAGUCUGCAAGCUUUUCCCCACCGAGGAGAGGGGCCACCUAGUUCAUGGGCUCGUGGACUUUGCCAUGCUGUGGAUGGACUUUGUGAAAAACAGGUGUGAAAGAGGCAGAGGCUUGAGACCCAGGUGGGCGAAUCAUGGGUUUGAGUACUUGAUGACUGUCUGUGAGCCCUCCAACACCAAGUAUUUGUCUGAUAGGGAGUUUGAGGCGUUGAAGGAAGCCAUGGAUCGAUGUAUUUCUCAUGUCGUUGGCGCUGCGGCUGGUCCUGGAUCCCAUACAGAACAAGACGGUGUUAAGAGGCUGCCCAGGUCCAGAGCCUCGUCUCCAGGCAGUUCUGGGAGUAGAACAAGUUUCUGUGUUUCCAAAACGAAGGACAGCCUGAAGUCUCCGGAAGGAAUUCAGAGGAAAUAUUCGUCCCCACAUUCGAGUGAUGGGAGUUUAGCUGUAAGUUUAACUGUACCUGAGAUGACGCAGGUGAAGAAGGAGAGAAUUCUUUCGGCGUUGAAAAAACUGGAGAGUGAGAUCGACGAGAGGAGACGGGGCAGCGAGCUCAUUGGGAGAGUCACCGAUAGGAAAUCCGUUGAUAAAAUCAAAGUAAGAAUAAAAAGGGUAACCUUCACCUGGCAGAGAGGAAUCAAGAUUGGACAGGGAAGAUUUGGAAAAGUUUACACAGUUGUUAAUAAUCAGACUGGCGAACUUCUCGCGAUGAAGGAAGUUGCCCUGCAACCUGGGGAUCACAGAGCUGUGCGGAGGCUCGUCGAGGAGUUACAGAUUUUUGAGGGAAUCCAGCAUAGACAUCUCGUUCGUUAUUAUGGAAUUGAGAUUCAGAGGGAGGAGAUGUUACUUUUCAUGGAAUUCUGCGCUGAAGGGACGUUGGAGAGUCUCGUUGCAGGCUCUGGUAAUGGACUCCCUGAAAUAUUCGUCAGGAAAUACACUCAUCAGCUUCUUCUAGCUGUUUCUGUUCUGCAUAAUCAUGGGAUCGUACACAGGGAUAUCAAGACUGCAAAUAUAUUUCUUACGGAUCAGGGGAAUUGUCUGAAACUCGGAGACUUUGGUUGUGCUGUGCAAAUCAAGGCGCAUACUACAAUGCCUGGUGAACUCCAAGGAUUUGUGGGGACACAGGCAUAUAUGGCUCCCGAGGUUUUUAUGAAAACUGAGAGUGGAGGGCAUGGCAGAGCUGCUGAUGUAUGGUCUGUUGGCUGUUGUGUUGUGGAAAUGGCCAGUGGCAAGAGACCUUGGGCCGAAUUUGAUUCUAAUUAUCAAAUUAUGUUUAAGGUGGGAAUGGGAGAGAGUCCAACGCCUCCAAAACAUCUCUGUGUAGAAGGUGUAGAUCUAGCCACUAGAUGCCUCACUCACGAUCCAAAGAAACGACCGACAGCCAAUUCUCUGCUCUCGCAUCCCUUUGCAAGAAAUUACGAUGAUGUCAACGUUGAUUUACUCACUCGUGUGCCCAGCUGAAGUACUUAGAGCUUGUUUAUGUCUAUUUAUCUACUUAACGAACAAGCACUGGCUGGUUAUUUGAAAUUUCUGAAGCCUUCAUUGUGAUAGAUAUUUUGUGCCUGUUCCAACAUUCCAGAUUAUAGUCGCUGUUGUGUAAUCACGCAAUAUAAAGUAAUUGAAUAUUUAUGUCUGUGUCUUCCUGGAUUAUUAUUGGCAGGAGAGCAUGGAUAAAAUUAAGGAAUUUAAUUAAUUAAGACAAUAACAUCGAUUUGUUUUUUAUUUUCUUCGGUCUCUUGAUGGAUUUACAGGAUUUGAAGAGUAUUAGUUCUAACAAGUCAACUUGAUUUAAAAAUCAACUACUUUCUACAGGCUUGAUUAGCCUUGAUAUGCGUGUGAUAUUCUUGGCCGCAAAGCGAUCACAAAGAUUCGUCUCAUUACGCUGGACUUUUAUUUAUAGUCUAGGGUCGGUAAAUACUUUCAUUUCGAAGUCUAAGCGUUUUUAGAACACAAUAUUGUUUCAAACUAUAGUUCUUUCACGUACAUUUAUAUUAUGGCUA